CGCCCGGCGUGCAGAUGGCGGGAGCCGGGCGUAGAGGGGCUACUACGGUGGGGACGGCAGGGCCUGGGGGCCCGGGGCGGCCGCAGGGGAGAAAGCAGCAGCUGCCGGGGAAGCAGCGCUCGGCGCCGUGGCCCGGACCGCGCAGCAAAGAAAAAAAGAAAGUAAAUUGCAAGCCCCAAAACCAGGACGAACAGGAAAUCCCUUUCCGGCUCCGAGAGAUUAUGAGGAGCCGCCAGGAGAUGAAAAAUCCCAUCAGUAACAAAAAGAGAAAGAAAGAAGCCCAGAUGGCCUUCAGAAAGACAUUGGAGAAGGAAGCGAAGGGAGUGGAGUCGGACAUUGCUGUCCCCAAAUUCAAGCAGAGGAAGUGGGAGUCUGACGGGGCCUACAUCCAGCGUAUGGAGCAGGAGGCCCAGCAUGUGCUUUUUCUCAGCAAGAACCAGGUGGCCCGGCAGCCUGAGGUGCAGGUGGCUCCCAAGAAGGAGAAAUCAGAGCGGAAGAAAGCGUUCCAGAAACGGCGACUGGAUAGAGUCCGGCAGAGAAGGGAGGAAAAGGCAGCAGAAAGGCUGGAGCAGGAGCUGCUCCGAGACACAGUGAAGUUUGGCGAGGUUGCCCUGCAGCCCCCAGAGCUGACCGCCCAGCCCAGGAUGAGCAGGGGCGGGGGCCAGCCUGGGAAGAAAUCGCUGAUGCUGAGGAUGCUUCUGAGCCCUGGUGGUGUGUCCCAGCCUCUGACCGCGUCGCUGGCCCGACAGCGGAUCGUCGGGGAGGAGAGAGAGCGGGCUGUGCAGGCCUACCGGGCACUAAAGACACGGCAGCGGCAGGCGGCUCAGUCCCCACGGCCACCCCGUUCACCCCACCCCACUUCCAGGAAGAAGGCAGAGACCUGUCUGUGA